AUGUCUUCCCAAAAGAUUGUGUUGGUGAGUUCUGAUGGAGAGACUUUCGAAGUUGAGGAAGCGGUGGCGAGAAAACUUCAGAUCGUAGGACACAUGAUCGAAGACGACUGUGCCCAUAAACCAAUCCCGCUUCAAAACGUUACUGGAAAGAUCCUCGCCAUGGUUGUUGAGUAUUGCAAAACACACGUUAAUGAUGAUCAUGUAGAUGCAUCUGAAGAGGUGAAGAAGAAGCUCAAGGAUUGGGACGAGGAGUUCAUGAAGAAUCUCGAUCUUGAUACGAUCUUUAACCUCAUUCUCGCCGCUAACUAUCUCAACGUCACGGUUCUUCUUGAUCUUACUUGCCAGGUCGUUGCAGAUUAUAUCAAAGACAAGAAAGUAGAGGAAGUUCGAGAAAUCUUCAACGUCAAGAACGACUUCACGCCCGAAGAAGAAGAAACGAUUCGCAAGGAAAACGAGUGGGCUUAUAAUUGAAGAUCUAAAAACAAAAUACCCUAGCUGUUUUGUUUUCCAUACAUGAGUUGGUGAAUGACUUAUAUGUUUCUGUUUCUCAAGUGUGUGAUGAAACUUUUAGGUCUCUUUAAUUCUGUUUAUUAAUUCUUUACGUAGAUGAUAUCG